UGGUAGAGGGGCGGGGCUUAAUUUAACCGUUGACUGUGCUAUGUUGUUGUUGACAUCGAUGCAGAAGAAGAGAAACUGACAUUAUUUUCACUUUCAGGCAGGGAAAUCAUGUUUAGGUCUAUAGCUUUUCGACAACAGUUCGCCAGAGGUUACAGGGACUUUGUUAAUAGAGUUGGUAUUAUUCAAAAGGCAAGGGAACCUUUGUUACCAAGACUGCGCUCGUCUCGGCAUUGGAGGACAACAUGUACACGUUGCCAUGGUAGCAGUGCAGCAGUCGCAAAGGAGAAUGUGGUGAUGGAGGGGCUCAAGCAGCGCAUCCGUACGUUAGGUGCCAUCACAGUAGCAGACUAUAUGAAAGAAGUCCUUACAAGUCCUGUCGGGGGUUACUACAUGCAAGGAGAUGUAUUUGGCGAGAGAGGAGACUUCAUUACUUCACCAGAGAUCAGUCAGAUGUUUGGAGAGUUGAUAGCAUUGUGGAUCAUCCAUGAAUGGUCUAGACUAGGAUGCCCUAGACCACUGCAGCUGGUGGAGCUUGGUCCUGGAAGAGGCACCCUAGCUGAUGACGUACUCAGGGUCUUCAAGCAGUUUCCUCAGCUUCCCCUGGACACCCUGAGCCUUCAUCUUGUCGAAGUGAGUCCUGGCAUGAGUGAUGUCCAGCACAAGACACUCACAGGUCACCAGCAGAGGUUAAAGGAGGAGGUCAGUGGUGGGAUCGUAGAUGGCAUACCGUACAGGUCAGCAUCGGUCAAGGGGGGUAUUCCUGUCUCCUGGUACACAAGUCUUUCUCAAGUUCCAAAUGGUUUCACAUGCUUCCUUGCACAUGAGUUCUUUGAUGCCUUACCAAUUCACAAAUUUCAGAAAAGUUCUUCAAGAUGGCGAGAGAUAAUGAUUGAUGUGGAUGAUGAUUCAAACAGUCCAAAUGAUCUGAGGUUUGUGCUCUCACCAGCUCCUACACCGGCUUCCAAUUCCUUCAUCCAGGCCUCAGAAACACGAGACCACGUAGAGGUGUGUCCGACUGCUGCAGUCAUAGCCCAGGAGAUGGCGAGUCGUAUCUACAGUGAUGGCGGCAUGGCGCUCAUUAUUGACUAUGGACAUGAUGGGACCAAAACAGAUACAUUCAGGGGUUUCAAGGAUCACAAGCUUCAUGAUGUAUUGAUUGAACCUGGUACAGCUGACCUCACUGCCGAUGUAGACUUUGCUUACCUCAGGCGGAUGGUUGGUGACAGAGUUGCCACCUAUGGCCCGAUCCACCAAGGGCUAUUCUUGCAGAUGAUGGGUAUAGACACAAGACUGAAGGCAUUACUGAAAGCCACGCCUUCCGAGGAGCACACGAAUCUCAUCAGCGGCUACAAGAUGCUGACCGAACCUGAUCAGAUGGGUGAAAGAUUCAAGUUCUUCUCCAUCCUACCUCAACUACCAAACCAGUAUGUUCCAGCUGGAUUCAGAUAAUACUGCCCUGGUGCCUUCAUUGGAAGCACAUAAAGACAUUUUAUAUAUAGAUAUAUAUCAUCUUGUGUGUGUGUAGUGACCGAGAGAAAUCUUUUCCAUAUUCAAAUACUGGUCUUCCUGUACACGAAUGUUACGUUAAAGCCAUCAUUUGUAUACAGUGCGUCCCAGAAAAAAAGAAACCGAGAAGUAUCGAUGUUUUAUCAUAACUUA